AUGGAUUUUGAAUUAGGUUCUGGCAGUCCCCCUUUUGAUGACCAAAGGGACAAUUAGCUCGAUGAGCUGCAGUCGGGCCCGAGUCAAAGUAUCUUGGCUAAUGUUGUUGCUGUUGAGCCUUCUGUCAAAGGCAGUGAUUUGAAUAGUGUCUCUGGUAGUGAGAGUAAUUUAAGUAUUGAUAGUAAUAAUGUUAGUCCUGCCAAUGAAGGCAACUUAGUUAAUGAACAAUUACCUAGUGCAAAUAAAGAAAGUGAUUUACAUAAUGGAAGUAAUGAUGGUGAAUUAAAUAAUGGCAACAAAGAAAGUGAAUUACAUAGUGGAAAUAAAGAAAGUGUAGUACAUAAUGAAAAUAGAGAAAGUGAAUUAAUUAGUGAAAUUAAUGAGAGUGAAUUACAUAGUGAAAGUAAUGUACCUUCUAAAACACCUGUACUGCAAAGUGGAAAUGUGGCUGUGGCUGAGCCAGUGGCAGAGCUGUGUAUGGCUAGCUCUGAGGAUGAUAGUGUCGACACUCUGCCAGAGUUGUCGUGCUGGACCAAGGUUAUUUCUAGGAAAUUGAAGCUCCAUAAGGAGCCGGCCAAAAAAGCUGUCAUCCCGAUUGUGGGUGGUGGGGUGCGGAAAAAAACCGCCCCUGUGCCUGUUGUGGGUACUCAGCGCAAAAAUGCGCCGAAUAUUGAGUCCAGAAGAUCCAGGUCUUCUUCUUAGCUCGUCUGUUCUUCUUUGCCUUCAUGGAGUUAACAUUAAUUACAGUUGACGCCAACGGGCUUUGCAGUGUUGAUAAACGUUCUGUUUUGGUUCAGUGGCUGCAUUCUCUUCCCACUGUUCCGGAUGUUGUUUGUAUGCAGGAGUAUCAUUGUGUUUCGUUGAAAGAGUGCCAGUCUUGGUUUCGGUCCUCGGGUUUUUCUUCAGUGGUUUCUCCGGGCUCUGGUUGGUCCUGUGGUUGUAUUGUUUUGUUUCAUAAUCCCCUUCUUUUGGUUAAUUCGUGGACUGUUACUGAUGGUCGUUUUCUUCAAUGUGAGUUCUUUUGUCAUAAUAGUAUUAUUCGUGUCGCUUGUGUUUAUGCCCCUAAUCGUAAUCCUGAACGGGAUGGUUUCUUUGCUGAUGUUUCGUCCCGUAUUGACCCGGCCAUCCCUACCUUUUUGUGCGGUGAUUUUAAUGCUGUUUUUGAUCGUCGCGUUGAUCGUUUUGGCUCUGCUCCUGAUGACACCUCGAGGGAGAGUUCCUCCACCCUUGCUCAUCUUUUUUCCUCUUGUUGUGUUGUGGACAUCUGGCGUCAGUUACAGCCCUCUGUUCCUGGCUUCACUUGGUCCAGGUGCGAUGGUCUUCGUUCCAGUCGAAUCGAUCUUAUUGGUUGCCCUUUUUCUUGGUUGUCGGUGGUUUCCUCUUGGACAUCGUUCCUUGUCCCUUCUCCGAUCGUUCUGCCGUUUUGCUUUCGUCCUCGGUUCCUCAGGCUGCCCCGUUGGGUUCUGGCCUUUGGAAGCUAA